UAAAAUUAGCUUGCGCAUAAUUAAUAAAUACUCGUUUGUGCCGAUGACCUGCAUCGAUGAUCCUUAAACUCAGUGUAAUAACUGAUAUUAUGUUCUCCGCCCGGGCCGUCUGUUCUAGAAUAUUAUUCGAUAACGUUGUUGAAGAGUGCCUGAAUGUGUCAUAAAGGCAUGGGCUAUAAUAUAUUGGUAUAUAAUAUAAUAUUAUAUGUAUAUCAUGUAUGUGUUUUACAUAUCCUUUAUUGCAGUAGAAUAUUCUCCAACAAUUUUGAAGGUAUGUUUUGCCUCUACUGCGCAGACCGAAUUCAAUAAUUACGUCGGGCGGCCAUGUUCGUUCGUUCUAGAAUAUUCUCUGAACAUUUUGUUAACGGUGGGUGUGUGGUAGUGACAGGUCUAUAGAUUUAUGUAUAGACAACGAUAAUAACUUCGUUGCCGAAGAAACUCGAUGUUUAACGGGCGGCCAUCGUCGCUUUAUCGUUUCUUCUAGAAUUUCUUCAAAAAUCUUCAUGAGUAGGGUGUGUGUGGCGGUGGCGGGUGGGUACAUGUAUAUAUGUAUACUUACACACUAAGUAUAGCACUAUAACUUGGUUGUGGGAUAUAGGCAUAUAUAUACUAUACUGCGUGUACGAGAUUUGAAAUAAUGGUCGUCUCGCGCAGCUGUCGCUACACCGCCCGCCGUUCCCACAGGUAGGUACGCGUGUAUACGACCGUUACGAGUAUUGCUGGCAGCCGGCAGGUGAUGGUGUACAACGAUAUCGGAGUUUCGGCAUUGAUGACGGGUGAGCAGUUCGGUGGGUUGUAUUGUUCGGGCGGUGCAGGCAGAGGGGAACACCGGUGACCGGGCAGCCGUGUAACCUCGUGUUAUUUUAGCUUGGGGCGUUGGCAACAACGUUGCGCAUGAGCACCACUUGGCACGUACGCCGUUUUUUAAUCCGCUGGUUGCCUACACUGUAGAGCUGCUCGAUCGAUCGGUACGAGCGGUGCGAUGCGCUUGCGCUGCCGGUACUAUGACGUCCAAUUCUUGAACCGUCGAACCACCGUCGCCUUCCCGACACCCCCGGUUCCACAUUCAUAAAUCAUAAAGCAGUACGCACCGGUGUCGGACGCGCGCCCGGCCACUAGCUUGUAGUUAUUAUAGCUGCUAGUCAUUAGUUAGUACUCUUAGUAGCCGUCGCGUUCACCACCAUUUUAAUAUUCAACACCGUUAUUUCCCAACGUUAAGAUGGGUCACGAAAUAUCGUCUGAAACAUCGUCUGAAACGUCGUCUGAAGGGUCGUCCGAAAUGUCUGACGACGAUGAACCGGACGAUGGGCGUUCCGAAAACAUGUGUUCCGACAGUUCGGAAGACGCUGAAGAUUUUGACGAAGACAACGAAAACUUAACCUUUUUGCGUGGAAUAAUUAAUCGGCCUUCUCUAUUUGGUUUUGGAAGAAUGUCAUCUAUGGAGUCUGCAAUUUCAGAACUAUACAAAUCACCACCGUCACGCAGACAAAAUCAACCACUACCGUUACGCAAACAGCAACAUCAACUACCGCCAUCACACCGUGUAUCUUCACCGUUGAAUGCCGACUCAGCCACUGCUGAUGUAGAAGCCGAAAAAAUGAAAAAACUUUUGGAAUGGGAGCUGUCAGCAUUGGAAGCGGAUGACUUGCGAUCACAUGCCUGGUACCAUGGUCAACAGGUGGAUCGAACCGAGGCUGAGCGGUUAUUACGCCAGUGCGUCGCCGAAGAGCAUGGUUCUACUACUGCUACUAUAAUCACUGAAAAUGACACGAUUACCCCUCAAUCAUUACAUCAUCCAUUCGACACCAGUGAUUUGGAUGGGAUGGAUGAUAGUAGUGAUGAUAGCAGUGACUCAGAUGUCCCUGUUGACGGUGUGGUGCAGUUGAAAAGGCCCAAGCGGCCGCACCGACCCCGGCGGCAUUUCUAUUGUUUCUUAGUUCGAGACAGUCUGAAUGUCCGGCCACCGGGCCGAUACGUUGUGUCGUGUUUGCGGGUUGACAAGUACGAAGAUCUUGAGACCGGGGACAAAAACAUAUCCCAACGCUGUCAUGACGAUGAGCAGCGACGUAAGAUUCGGCGAAAACAACAAAGGAGACGGCGAAAGCAGCACCGACAUCCGGUGUUGCAUUUUGUCAUAAAUGAGAUAAUCCUACAACCUGGAACAGUAUAUGAGCGAUCGCAAUUCAGUUUUGGGGAAACCUUACCCUCGAUGACUACAGCUAUUUCAACUGCUGUUGUAAACAACAACGUUGGGCUUAUUAACGACCAACAACAAUGUCAACCAGGAUUUGAUAGUGUGCCCGAUCUGAUCAGGUAUUAUGUUGGCGGUGCUGAUGACAAUGCUGUACUUUCUUAUGGAGGUGGAAACGAUGCCGUUGUAAGUGGUAGUAUGACACUUUCUCGAACAGCGCAAUCUGAGGUACGAAUUAGGUAUCCAUGCAACAGGCGUCGCCCACUGAUGACUGACAACUCAUUGACUGAAGCUGAAUCUCCAAAUACUCUCCCGAGUACGAUGGAAAAUUCUCGGUUGGUGCGACAACGUUGCCGUACUUUAGCUACGGCAUCCACCCACACUGAAGGACUACAGGUAUUAUCCACUUCUCCUGGUAGGGAAACAGAAGCGUCAACAUCAUCUCAAAAUACAAACCAUCGACGCCAUUCGCCAUCGCCACCUCCUCAAACUUCAAAGUGGAUGCGCGUGCAGUCUUCAUCUAGGUCGUCAGUCCGAAGAACUCCUUCAGCGACCGUAACUUCAGCAACAGUUACAUCAGCUACGUCUUUGAAGCCUUCUUCAGCAGCAGGAUCGGCAAAUCAAACUCAGUCACAACCAUUGACAUUAUCUCCUUGCCGCCCAAGAAUUGAUCCACAAUUAUUAAUCACUGGAUCCACAUCAGGAUCACCAGAUCCGUCAGUCACAACUCUACCGCGUUUGUCAAGAUCCCCCCAGGACCUCUUAAAAAUUUUUCCAAGCCGUUUUAAACCUGGAAUCGCAUCAACGUCAAUGGGCUCGUCAAUUAAAACUUUACCACACCAACCAAAAUCAUCUUAUCCACUUCCUUCAACCUCUGGAUCUUCAUCAUCAUUAUCAUAUGAACGUCCUUCAACGUCAAGGUCAAUAUCAAAUUCGGACCAAUCAAGUUUUUCACUACGACGUACGCCAUCAUAUCCAGGUAUGCCAUCGGGAAGUACUCCACAUUUGACAAUCUCUGAUUUAUUAUCAUCACCGUUAUCUUCGACGGAUUCAUCAAGGCUUUCACGAAGUAUAUCCAGAACUAAUUCAUUAAGUCGUGAAUUUAGUGAACCACGGUCCAGUGUUUUCGGUAUUAAUGCGAUGGGCAGGAAUGAGGGUGUACCAACACCCGCCAUCAAUAUAGAUUCCCCUGGGAUACCAUCUUCAGUCAGAGAGUCUUUCAAUGCGGCUGCGGUUAAUUUACUUCCCUUGCCUUUUCAGGCCGAAAUAGUGUCAUCAUUUCUCCGAAUAAAGGUACGCAAUGGCUUUCGGUGUAAGCUGACCAGGGCGAGGCAACCUCAGUAUUCAACUCCAUUCGAUAGGCAUGGUAGGCCAGAAUCCCGUCGGUAUGAACCCGAAAGACCCCGAGUUCUUACUAACAACCAGAAUACAACGAUUUCCUCGGAAAAUGAGAUCGGUGACGAGGAACUAGAGCUACUGCUUUCAUCAACUUCCGAUUCCCCAUCCAUUUCAACAUCCACGUUAAAAGAUGAAGAGGUAGACCGUAAUAGAAAUGGAAACGGACAGUUAGUCGAUCGUCAGAAACUAGAAAGUGCUAUAGAGCAACCCCAACAAAAUGAACGCCAAUUCACAGACAGGCAGGUUGUAAAUAGCCAAAGGAAAACCCGGGAUGAGGAGGUCCAAGAGGUUGAGAAUCCGAUGCAAAAUGUAAAGGUGAGGCAUAAAAGUGUAGAAGAAGAGCAUACACGUCUUGAUGAUUGGAUUGAUACAAAGGUAGAUCAAAAACAAAGUGAUGAGCAGAAAACUUUGGAUUCUAACGUGGAAAACUCAUCGGAAGCAUCUGAAAAUCAGAAUUUUCGGAAAUGCCGCACUCGUUGGACUAACCCAUUGCGUCAAGGAUUAGUUGACAUGCUGGAACAGCCACAUUUGGAUCUCCAGAAUGGACAAUUGACUCAAAUUACGGAGACACAAGACUGUGAUCCCCAACAACGAAGUUCGCGGCAUAUACAACAGACGCUAAAUGAAGAACGGGAGGUUGAUCAUACGAUAGAGAGUAUGGAUACAGAACUACAUAGAAGCAUUCCAGAUACAGAAACCAGACAACUAGCAACGUUAACUAAUCGCACAAACCGGGAAGCCACAGUUUCCCCAGCUCAAACUGGUGACACUAGGAGUUCUACUAGACUUGUAAAUCGGAACUUGAAUGGAAACAGGAUGAGGCGACAUUAUAGUAUGCGAACACUUUUAAUCCAGGAAAGAAACGCUCAAUUUGAGCUAGAAAUUAUGCAGCGGCAUAUGCAGAACCUUAAUAGACUUUUGAUCGCUUCGGAAAACCACCAGUUGCCGACGGGGGGCGACCUUCCGUCGGCAGGGAAGUACCUCAGAGAACAAGUGAUUCCACCGGGAGAAACCCAAUUACGAGUCAAUCAGGAAGGCGAAGGCGCCCCCGUGACCAAAGCCGACCAAUCGAAUACAACCGCCGUCGAGUACAGCACCGACCCAUCCGGCCAAGAAAUAGGUACUUAUUUUGUUGGUGUCGGCAGUAUUGGGUACAGGCUGGCUUGCGAUUACGUAAACAUCAACCCUCGAAUCGAUAACCAUAACAAUUCAUUCGACAAAAGUGAUACUCAACAUCUCAACACCAACAAUCUUGACAGGAUCCAUCAUAAAAAUUAUAAACACCAAGGCAGCAAACAACAAAGCAAUAGCUACAAUAGUUUAGUUAAUGACAACAUCGAAGCUGGAGCUGAUUAUGAAAAUAUUAUUUCUCACAACACUGAUGAUACCAAUGAUUGUAAUUACGAAAAUAUAGGUAAAAAAAAUGAUGAAAAACGGCAGCAUCGAAUUAAUAACUUUAACGGAGGUAGUACAGCAGUUACUGCCGCCUUGCGUGCCGUCCACCUGGCGAUAAUUGGUGAUCCUGACGACAAUAGUGGAGCAUCAGUGGGUACGGGCAGACUAGCAGCCGCCUUGUGUCGUGCUGAUGGUCAGGUUACCGUACUACCAUAUCGACGGAAUUUUACUAAAAGUGAACAAGUUGGUCCACUUUUGAGUACGUGUCCGCUUCAACUUUUGGGUCAACCAGGACCAGCGGGACGGCGAGCUCGUCUUGAUGUCAUAGAAAGGUUUGCAUGUCUACAGUACCUCGUCGCAAUGACAGUAAUAGUGACACCUUGUCUGCUACUAAUUGGCAGUGAUAUCAAUGACAAGGAAAAUCUUGAGUGGAGUUUGGAAGAUGAAUACGAAUACCGGCGUCGGCGGUUCUAUUACAGAUGUGCCGGUAUCAGUAGUUGGUGUGUCUCCGAUAACAAUUCCAAUUCUGAUGACGAUGACGAGAGUUAUAAACUAACAGCUUAUUCAGACUUUGACUCUGGUUAUUCAUUACCACCAAGGGAAGAAUGGGCUGUUGAAAAACGUCACUGGUUGGAUCUACUGACUAGACAUAGGGCAGCUGCCUUGGAUAAGUGGAUUCGUACUGCAGCUGAUGCCAAACAGGCAGUGGGUGAUGUCUAUGGUUAUCGGGCUCUCAUGUCCGCGCUAUGUUCUGACAGGAUCCAGGGACUUCAAGAUGCAUGGGCAACUCUUCGUCGGCUACACACUGCCACGGCCGUGACGUUUGAGUCCCGGCUUCGACCCGAGUUUCUGGGUCGCAGAGAAAAAAAUGUAGUGGCGGUGUUGGGAAAUCCAGGUAUUAAUGACAUCGAUGACAAUGACGUGAAUGAGCUACUACAGCUUCCACCUAACGCAACAGUACCUGAUGCCACAGCAUUGGCUGUACUAUACGAACAUUUGUAUAACGACAAUAAUUUUGAUACUAAUAGUAGCAUCAACACCACUGCCGCUAGUUCAAACGAUAUUGGCAGUAAGAAGGAAAAAAACCCUAGACUAUCGUCAUUUUUUACUUCACCCUUGUUAUUGUCACCUUCGCCGUGGUCAUCUCUCAAUAGUGGUAUAAGUGGUGGACUAGGAUCAUCGGUUGCAUCUGACUACGGACUGAGUGCUCUUCAUGUUCAGUGCAUCCAGUACUCGGAGUGGGUGCAGCAGAGUUACGGUAAUGAUGAUUCUAUAUUACCAUUAACGAAACCACCAAUGUUACAAUUGGACCGGUUUCGCAGUAACUUCCGUGCACUAUUACGUCAGUACAGUGGAAGUGGAUUUGAAAGUUAUGACGACGGUGAUGAAAGCUUUAACUGUGUGCUAAGUUACAAAAAUAAAAACUUUCAGAAGGAUGAAAAUACCUCUUACCAUGAAGAAUUGAACUACAAUCAAAACGACAACUUUGCAUACGAACGACAGUAUGAAGAGAAAGUGGAGGAAUAUGGCACAUGUGAUGCUGAUUAUGAUGAAUGUGACGAUGACGAUGAUGAUGAUGAUGAUGAUGAUGAUGAUGAUGCUACAGUUAUAUACUGCAAUAACAAUAGUUCUCUUUCGGCGGUGAAAAGUGUUGCAGUUGAUACCAUGUGCGGGGACUCACAUGUUACAGCUACACCAGCAGAAAAGCAACGACAAACAACAACGAAAAAUGAACAAUGCCAUCGCCUUAAACAAGAUCAAGAAGAAGAUCAAUACUAUCGCUGGAUUGAGGAUGUGAGUGCCAAUAGUCCAGCCCCCGCACCGUUGAAUAUUGUGUUCUGCACUGAGCUUCAUGUCCGCCUAUUUUGGCCUCCAACUAUUUUCCUUCAAGACAUAAAUGACAACGAAGAUACCGUUGAUCCUAAGUUGGCGAUACCCGCCUACGCGCUAGGUACGACUUACAUGGCGACCGCAAUAGCCGCUUACGAUAAUGAAAGCGAAACUACUAACCAUGUGCCACCGGCAUUGCCUCUGAAUCAUGUGAUAACUGCACAACUGGAUCAAGCCGCUCAGGAUAUGCGUCUCAGGUACAAAGCCAUGGAUGAUUUUUUGGACAGAGCGUGUGCCUAUUCAACGUUGGUCGCUAAAAUAGCCUAUGAACUAUGAAGAUAAUACAAUGGCGGGAAAACAACAACAGCACUGUAAUCUGUCACAGUGUGUUUCGAAGAGCCAUUCUCUCUGAAUCCUGUGAAUGUCUAAUACUGGAUAGGUCAUGUUGUGCUAAACUACUUAGGAGCAAUAAAAACAAAAUAUAGAUAUCAUAGCAUUAGCCAAGCAGAUUCAUAACCUCACGGUACAAUAUUGCAAGUAUUAUUUCUUGUUUAUUUGCUAUAUAUUAUGUAUAAUAUUGUAAAUAAGUUGUAUGAGCUCUGUGCACAAUUAUUUAUCAGGAACCUUAUUCACAUCUCAGUUUCAAAGACUGUAGCAAAAUUAAAUAUUUUUAAGUAAUGUAACUUUCACCAUAAAAAAUCUGAAAACUUAAAAAAAAAAUUAGGAAUACAGUGAUGAGAUAUUAAUGGGUAUUGUUUUAGUGCAAUACAGAGGUUUUAUUAUUAAUUUUAAUAGAGAUUUUAGUAACUGUAUUUUUUUUUAGUUUGUAUAAAUGUAUGUUAAAAUGAUUUUCGAAAUUUGUUUAACAUAGUUAAAUAUAAAAUUGAGUAAAGAUUUAAGAAAGAGUUACAACUUCAAUUUAAUAUAAAAAUGAAUACAAAUAUUGUUUUCAUAAUAAUAUACCAUUAAUGUUAAAAAUUAACACAAUUGUUGUAAGAUUGGUGAUCUAUAAUAUUAUUCAGUUAAACUGUUUCGAAAAUUAUUAUUUGUAUAUAUUAUAUAUAGAUAAAGCCUAAGUAUGAUUCGCACAAAUGCAAGGUCGUUGUUCCCCACUCCCCUUGUGACAUUGUAACACUGACGAGCAUCUGCUAUCAUAUUCAUGGGUUAAAUUAGGUUAGUUUAUUUUUUAAUUAUAAAUGUUACACGUGAGUGUACUCAUUAUGGUGGAUUAUUCUAAUUAAACUGCCCAGUGGCUGGGGGUAGUAAGAAUACUGGCCACGGUAGUGAGCACGACCGGUCGUAAGAGGCGUCCAAUGUGCUCCUGCGCGUGUCGAACAUCAUCCCGAUGGUGGCAAUUAAAUUCCAAAAGCUCGGAGCUGCGAACUAUGAGACACGCGCAGCUGGCAGCAUAUUUUGUUAAGCUCUAUUUUUUCACAUCAUUAUUUAUGGUUCAUAUAUACAUAAUAUUCUUUUUUCUUUUUAGGACUGCUGAAUACUUUUGUUUGUUAUAGGUGUAGGUAUUUCUAUGCAUUCAGUGUGCCUCAAAAUAUGAUUAAAACUUAUUAUCACAGGCUGAACAUAACAUCUAAAGAAUUAUUUAUCUUAUUUGUUUAUUAUCAAAGUUUAGGGAAAAAGAAAUUUAUCAAUUUAAGGCUAGCUAUUUAUUAAAAAGAAAAAUU